GAAAGUAAAAAUAAAAAUAAAAAUCGAGUGGUGUAAGGGAGUAGACUGGAAAAGCUCAGAAAAUUCUCAGUAUGAAUCUCUAUCACAACUUCACUUCCCUCCAAAGGUGACUUCUCUCAUGUAAUUGAAACUAAAUCCACUUUCGACUUUCGACUCGAUUUGAAGGGGCUAAUUCCAGCAAAAUAAUCCACUUUCGACUUUGAACUCCGGUUUUUCAUUGUGCCCCUAUGGAGUGGAACUUCUCUCAGGUUUUCGGCGAACGAGCUCCGGGAGAGGAUGUCGAGGAAGUUGAUAUCAUCACUGCUAUGGGAUUCGACGCUAGCGGUGAUUACCUUGCCGUUGGAGAUAGAGGUGGUCGUGUUGUGAUUUUCGAAAGAAAAGAUGGGAAACAUACUUCGAAUCAGUACCAGUCUCGCACUAAGUUGGAGGAACUGGAUUUUAACUCUACAUGGAAUCCUGAAUUUCAGUACAAGACUGAGUUUCAGAGCCAUGAGCCUGAGUUUGACUAUUUGAAGAGCUUGGAAAUCGAAGAGAAGAUAAACAAAGUAAGAUGGUGUGCUACUCCCAACGGUUCACUCUUUAUCCUUUCCACGAACAACAAGACAAUUAAAUUGUGGAAGGUGAAGGAACGCAAGGUGAAGAAAGUAAAAGAAAUGGGAUCUUCUCCCUUUGUGAGUUCAGAGAAUGCACUUUUGGCUGAAAAGAGUUUCAUGACUGAACAAGACAAGCUGUCUGUUUCUAAUGGUUAUCAUUCAGAAUGGACAGUUAAGAUGGAAAAGAGCAUGUCACCAACACAAGACCAGCAUGAUGAGAUUGUAGACAUGGAAGAUACUGCACAAACAAGAUGUCGGAAGGUUUAUUCUCAUGCUCAUGAUUUUAAUAUAAACUCCAUCUCAACCAAUAGCGACUGUGAGACAUUUAUUUCUGCAGAUGACCUUAGGAUAAACUUGUGGAAUCUUGAGAUAAGUGGUCAGUGCUUCAACAUUAUUGACAUGAAGCCAUCAAACAUGGAGGACCUUACUGAGGUCAUAACAACAGCUGAGUUCCAUCCAAUUCAUUGUAAUUUUCUAGCAUACGGCAGCUCAAGAGGAUUUAUUCGUCUAGUUGACAUGCGGCAGUCAGCUUUAUGUGAUCACAGUGCGAUAAUAUUGGAAGAGGGAGGUUCACGUGGGUCGAAAUCAUUUUUCACAGAGAUUGUUGCAUCCAUUUCUGAUAUGAAAUUCUCGAAGGAUGGGCGGUACAUCUUAAGUCGUGAUUACAUGAAUCUAAAGCUAUGGGACAUGCAUAUGGAUUCCUCACCAGUUGCGAUAUACAAGAUCCAUGAGAACCUGCGGCCCAAGUUGUGCGAAUUGUAUGAUAAUGACUGCAUAUUUGAUAAAUUUGCUUGCUGCCUCAGUGGCGAUGGAAUGCAUUAUGCAACUGGGUCUUACAGCAAUCAUUUACGCAUUUUCUCCCAUGGUGCUGGAAGUGACGAAGGAAUCACAAUAGAAGCUAGCAAACAUCCUGUCAGGAAGCCAGUUUUCCAAGCUGCUCCAAGGACUAGAAGGUCUUCCUUGAGCAAUCUGACGCGUGGAUUUUACCGGCAUGGGAAUGAUAAUUCAAGUUCAGGACAUAAUGACUUAUCAUGUAACUUAAACUCCAAGUUAUUACAUCUGGCAUGGCAUCCAGAAAAAAACCUGAUUGCUUGUGCUGCUGGGAAUAGCCUGUUCAUGUAUCAUGCAUAGAUUCCUUUUUGUAUAGUUACAAUUCUGAAAGUGUUUGGAGAGAAAGAGAGCCUUAAGUUCACUCUUUAAAGUAGGUAGAAAACUUGAGAUGAUGAGAGAAGUUUCUUAUCUCUUUUUUUUUUUUUUUUAAAAUAUAUAUAUUUAUAUAACAAACAGAGAGAAUAAAAAAUAAAGUAAAAUAGAAAGUCAACUUAGAAGGUCCUGUGUUGUUGGUAUAUAAUAGUAUGAUAAAUAAUUAUGUUUAAAAAAUUAAAAUAAAUAAUCAUGUUUAAGCUGUA